AUGGACUUUAAAAAACUAAGCAAACCACUGAAUCAAGAUUAUCCAAAUCUACAACAACACCUCAACAUCGAAUUUAAUAAGAUCCAAACAAGCUGGAAUGAAUUGCAAGCGGCAUACACAAAUCAAAUUGUUCGACUUCAAGAUUUAGUAAUUCGUGCCCGUCGCGGUGACAUUGACCAGAAUUAUAUUCCUGAUGCGUUAAAGGACGAUCAAGACAAAACACUGGCAAAGAUGAUAAAUGAUUGCAAUGAUUAUCUGAAUGCAUGGGAUCAAAAGGAGCAGCUCAUCAAAGAUUUGGUACAAAAAGGAUUUAAAUAUCAAAAUGCGCUCGAUCGAAAUAUAAAAAGUGGCGACGAUCAGCAAACACUUAAUGGCAAGCUUUCAACUUCUGAUAAUCGAACAUGUGUCAUUUGCUCCAAUGAUAAUUUAUACAAAAACAAUUCAUCACGUUGGCACUCUCUUCGUGAUCAGUUGCUAAAACAGCGUGAAGAAGAUCCUCAGUUACAACUGAUCUAUGUUGACUUCUCCUAUUGUUCAUACAAACUUGAUGAUAUGAAGGUUUUCUCUACAGGUGAAGCAAAGAAUUAUGAAAGUACUCCACAACCGAUGUCAUCAUUACCACUAGUACAGCCAAAAAGUGAGGAAAUUAUGAAUGUUUUACUUCUUGGAGAAUCAGGUGUUGGAAAAUCGACUUUUAUUAAUGCAUUUGUUAACUAUUUGAAAUUCAACAACCUACAGGAAGCUGAGAAAAAUACUAUUGUACUUAUACCUGUUUCAUUUAUGAUGACGAUGGGUGAUAAUUUUGAAGAACAUAUUGUUAAAUUUGGUGAUAUUGAUGAUUUAAAUAAUGAAGAUUUUAAUCAUCCUGGUCAAUCUGUCACACAACNUCUUUACUAUGAUCAAUUAGUUGCCUAA